AUGUCGACCCAAGUCCGCACCUUUACGGCUCCCAAACCGCUGGGCGAGUCACUCUCUAGUGCUGCGUCCAUCGCCACAAACCUGCAGUCACCCUAUAUUCCCAGAUCUGUCCCUACAUACCCGGACAUCCCUCGCUACAACGCAGGUGGCUCCCGGGCUCAGAUCAAGCCAAGCUCCAUGUCUGCCUAUGUCAACGACCAGGCCGGCGGGAACGGUGGUAUCACGUUUGCCCACCAGGACAGCCUGCCGAAGCUGCCCAUCCCAGAGCUGGAGAGCACCCUGCAAAAGUAUCUGACCGUCCUACGACCACUGCAGACGACGCGCGAACAUGCGGAGACCAGAAUCGCAGUGGAGGAGUUUCUCAGGCAGGAUGGGCCUGAGCUGCAGGAAAAGCUGAAGAAAUACGCCGAAGGCCGCACGAGUUACAUUGAGCAGUUCUGGUACGAUUCAUACCUGAACUAUGACAACCCGGUUGUGCUUAACCUCAACCCGUUCUUCCUGUUGGAAGACGACCCGACACCGGCGCGCAAUAACCAGGUGAACAGAGCGGCGUCGCUGAUCGUGUCGUCGCUCAUGUUUGUCCGAGCCGUACGAAAAGAAGAGCUGCCACCGGACACAAUCCGCGGGACUCCGCUGGACAUGUACCAGUACUCGCGGCUGUUUGGCACGGCCCGCGUGCCUACCGACAACGGGUGCCAGAUCGAGCAGGACCCCGAGUCCAAGCACAUCGUGGUGAUGUGUCACGGCCAGUUCUACUGGUUUGACGUUCUCGACGAUAACUCGGACCUGAUCAUGACGGAGCGGGACGUUGCGCUGAACCUGCAGACAAUCAUCGGCGACGCGACACAGACGCCGAUCCAGGAGGCUGCCAAGGGGGCACUGGGGGUGCUCAGCACGGAGAACCGCAAGGUGUGGUCGGGGCUGCGCGACGUGCUGACACGAGAGGAGGGGUCGAACAACGCGGACUGCCUCAGCAUCGUGGACUCGGCGCUGUUUGUGGUGUGUCUGGACUACACCGAGCCAGCGUCGGCGGCGGCGGUGUGCCAGAACAUGCUGUGCGGCACGAGCGACAUCGAGAAGGGGGUGCAGAUCGGAACGUGCACGAACCGGUGGUACGACAAGCUGCAGAUCAUCGUGUGCAAGAACGGCAGCGCAGGCAUCAAUUUCGAGCACACGGGGGUGGACGGGCACACGGUGCUGCGGUUCGCUAGCGAUGUGUACACGGACACGAUCCUGCGGUUUGCGCGGUCAAUCAAUGGCCAGGCGCCGUCGAUGUGGAAGUCGACAAGUCCCGACCCGGCAAGGCGCGAUCCGGAGAGCUUUGGUGACGUGACGGCGACGCCGCACAAGCUGGAGUGGGACAUGGUACCGGAGCUUACGAUUGCGGUGCGGUUUGCGGAGUCGCGGCUGGCCGACCUGAUCGAGCAGAACGAGUUCCAGUGCCUGGACUUUGGGGCCUACGGCAAGAAUUUUAUCACCAGCAUGGGCUUCUCGCCAGAUGCAUUUGUGCAGAUGGCUUUCCAGGCGGCAUACUACGGGUUGUACGGGCGGGUGGAGUGCACGUACGAGCCGGCGAUGACCAAGGUGUACCUGCACGGACGGACGGAGGCGAUCCGCAGCGUGACGGAGGAGUCGGUGCACUUUGUACAGACCUUUUGGGCGGACAACCAGGCGGAGCUCAAGGUGGAAGCACUGCGACGGGCGUGCCAGCGUCACGUGACAUCGACACGGGAGUGUUCCAAGGCACAGGGCUGCGACCGGCACCUGUACGCGCUGUUCUGUCUGUGGCAGCGGCUGGCGGACGACGAGCUCUUCAGCAACACGGGGACGGGGACGAGCAGCGCGGACUAUGGCAGCUCGUUCGGGUCAGAGCGCGGCUUCAGCCCGGUGCCAGAGGAGAACGGCAGCGUAAAUAGUCACGGGAAUGGUCACGUGAACGGCAACGGUAGCAGCAGCAACGAGACGCCGGCGCGGGCGCGAGGCGACAGCACGGGGUCGCGGCAGAGCGGGCAGCACAUGCCGGCGAUUUUUCUGGACAGCGGGUGGGACAAGCUGAACACGACGAUCCUAUCGACGUCCAACUGCGGCAACCCGUCACUGCGGCAGUUUGGGUUUGGACCCGUGUCUGGCGACGGGUUCGGGAUUGGCUACAUCAUCAAGGAUGACGGGAUCAGCAUCUGCGUGUCGAGCAAGCACCGGCAGACGAAGCGGUUCGUCGACACGCUCGAGAGCUAUCUGCUGGAGAUGCGACGAGUGCUGCGAAUUACGAGCCGGCGGUUGGGGUCGAUAUCGUCGAAGCAGAUGUCACGGGCGCGUGAGAUUGACAAUAUGCGGCCGCGGCCGCCAACGCGAGUCAAGUCACGCGGUCGUCUGAUCACCGGCGGCGACGUGAUCAAGAGCAUGUCGCGUUUGGGGACGGAGUCGCCGACGACUGACAGCAUGGCGAUGAGCGAAGACGACGAGUUGGGCGGAUACGGCUUCUUUGAUGCAGGAAUGCUGCUGCAGGCACUCAAGGCUCGCAACGAGGGUUAUGACCUCGGCGAGCCAAAGCCGUCGGAGAGGGCGUCUCGACGUCGGGACAUUGGCAAGAAGCUGCGGCUGAUCGACUACUAG